AUGACGGAGACAACAUACAAUGGCUUACGUCGAAAGCCUAAACUUAAGCCAGUGACAACACCGCUACAGAGUCCUGGAGGGGAAUUGCUGACAAGUGGACAAUUUAUAGCUAGAACUCAACUAAAAAGAGGCAAGAAAACACUGGACUGCCAUUUUAGGAUUACAGUGGUAAAGUCAGGGGGAGACAAUCUGCUAAGUCGAGCAGUUGGAGCCCACCUAGGUCUGAUACAGCUGGUAGAGGAAGUGAGUGUUUAUGGAGAGCUAGGACUUCUAAAAGGAGAACCAGUAAAGAUAGAGCUAAAAGAGAAUGCAAGGCCAUACAGCAUCAUUACCCCUCGUCGAAUUCCAAUUCCUCUUGUGCCAAAAGUGGAGGAGGAGUUGAGACGAAUGGAAAACGUAGGUAUCAUUGAGAGUGUUACCGAACCAACAGAAUGGGUGGCCCCUAUGGUACCAGUGGUGAAACCAUCAGGAAAAAUAAGAGUCUGUGUCGACCUUAAAAGGUUAAACGAAAGCGUACAAAGAGAAAAAUUCAUUCUCCCCACUCUGGACGACAUUCUUCACAGGUUAGCCAGAAUCACUGUAUUUUCCAGCCUGGAUGUGGCGAGUGGGUUCUGGCAGAUUCCUUUGGAUGAGAAGAGUGCCCGUCUCACAAUGUUCAUUACGCCUCUAGGGAGAUUUUGCUUCAAGAGGCUACCCUUUGGCAUUACGUCGGCACCAGAAAUUUUUCAAAGGAAAAUGUAUGAGCUGUUGAGCGACCAUGAAGGCACCGUUGUAUACAUGGACGACAUCCUGGUGUGCGGGUCUACGAUGGAGGAACAUGAUAAAAGACUCAGUAUGGUCCUGGACACUAUCCGAAAGUCAGGACUAAAGCUUAAUCAGCAAAAGUGCAAGUUGAGAGAGAGAGAGUUAAAUUUCCUAGGACACAGAAUUAGUGGUGAAGGCAUUUCUCCACACCCAGACAGAGUCACAGCAAUUACUGCUCUAGAACCACCUCAAAAUCAAACUGAACUGAGAAGGUUGCUUGGAAUGGUUAACUUCCUGGGAAGAUACCUGCCCCAUCUUUCAAGUGUGCUGUACCCCCUGAAUGACCUGCUAAGAGCCAAUGUGGCUUGGCUGUGGGGGCCGGAGCAAAAUGAAGCCUUUAAAAAGGUAAAAGCUUUGAUUUCUUCCACGCCUGUGCUUCAAUUUUUUGAUCCUAAAUUGCGGACGGUGGUGAGCGCCGAUGCCAGCAGUCAUGGCCUGGGUGGGGUCCUCCUACAAGAGUAUGAAGGGGGCCUCAGGCCCGUUGCCUUUUGUUCACGCACACUGACUGAGGCAGAAAAACGAUAUGCUCAAAUUGAAAAGGAGUGCCUGGCGAGCGUAUGGGCCUCUGAGCAAUUUUAUCAGUACCUGUGUGGUCUGGAGACAUACAGACUGAUUACAGAUCACAAGCCACUGGUCACCAUGAUAAACGCUAUGGAUCUGGAUAAAGUCCCCCUUCGUUGCCAGCGACUACUUAUCCGUUUAAUGAAGUUCAACCCUGUGGCUGAAUACAUGCCUGGCAAGAACCUAGUGGUCGCGGACGCUCUAUCAAGACACCCAAAGCCAGGUAUAGAUGAAACAGGACUAGAAGCCGACAUCCAAGCUCACAUCAGUGCCGUGGAGGAAACGGAAAAGAAACCAGUGUUCGAACGAAUCAAAGCGGAGACAGCUAAGGAUCAUACUCUCCAGCUAGUUAAGGGCUAUGUAGAAAGAGGGUGGCCAGCUUAUGUUAAAGAUGUAGCCAAACCUGCCAGAGAGUUCUUUGCAGAAAGAGGAUUCAUGAGUCAGCUGAACGGUGUCGUAAGAAGAGGGAAUCAAAUAGUCAUCACUUCAAGCUUGAGAGCGGAAAUCCUUGAAAGAAUCCACCAUGGGCACAUGGGUCUGACAAAGAGCAGGGAGAGAUACAGGGACGCGGUGUGGUGGCCACACAUCAGCAAAGCUGUGAAGGAAAAGGUUCAAAAGUGUCCUUACUGUAAUAAGCAUAGGCCAAGUCAGCCACGUGAGCCGCUUAUCACUACACCCUUGCCUGAACAUCCAUGGCAGAAACUGGCAGCUGACCUAUGUGAGUUAAACGGGAAGACGUACUUGGUAGUCACUGAUUACUACUCACGUUGGCUGGAGAUUCUCUCUCUUCCUAAGACAUCCAGUGAAGCGGUCAUUCAAAAGCUCAUCAGCAUCAUUGCGAGAUUUGGAAUUCCUGAGCAAAUCGUGACCGAUAAUGGCCCACAGUUUAGGUCCCAGUUGUUCGCUGACUUUACUGAAGCAUAUGAGAUCACACAUGUAACUUCAAGCCCGUACUAUCCUCAGGCAAACGGGAUGGCGGAAAGAGCCGUGAAAAUUGCAAAGACAAUUCUGAGACAGGAAAAUCCGGCACUGGCUUUACUUUCCUAUAGGGACACACCCACUGAACCUACCAGAGAGAGUCCUGCCAAACUUCUCAUGGGCCGUAAGCUCAAACAAAAUCUGAAACCAAGAUGUACAAACAUCAUCAAAGUUAAACUUAAUGAUGCUAGAGCCAAAGGUGCCAACGAAAGGACAUACAACAGGAGGUACUCAGCAAGACCUCUUCCAUCUUUGCAAAAGGGAGACAAAAUGCGUGUGAAAACAGAUGCAGAGAAGCAAUGGAAGACUACUGGUGUGAUUAUGGAGUCUGCGGGUACCCCCAGGUCCCUUGUAGUGAAGACAUCUGAGGGAGACGUGAUCAGAAGAAACAGACGGCACUUAUUGCUCACCAAUCAAGAAGAAAACAGUAAUGGAUCUACUUCAGUUCCUGUAGCUGUUAUUUCAGAACCAGAAUCUGGCUGUGUUACCCCAGAGAGCAACGCGCCAGCUCCGCCAGAACCAGAGCUGGGUAGAAGAGGACUUGUUGUCACUCAUUCAGGACGCAUAGUGAAACCACCAAUCAAGUUUAGUUAUUGA